AUGUCGAUUGAGGACGAUCCGUUUUUCCCUACGGGGCCAGACUCAGAAAAUGGCCAAUGCGCUGACCCCAGACAGGUAUUUCGUAUUGCAUCCAAUUUGAAAGCUUUAAUUGAUAAAGUUAUCCCAACUAUUUUUGAUGAGAAGGAGAUCGCGAGGCCGCAUUCGGCCGUUCUCAAUUCCAGAGUGAUUGACUUAGUCUACCGCUGUGCCGGUGGUAAGGGCAAUGGAGUGGCAGGAACGUCAUCUCACAAGUACAGAGGCGCGUUGGUGUUUGCGUUGUUGAAAGUGACGGACUGGUACUGGCAGCAGGCAGAGUAUAAGCUUUCCGAUAAUGAGUUAUAUCUGUUGAGGGCAGUUGCUGCCCAAGUUUUGGCUGCCAGGAUUAUUGAAAACACAAAAGAUGACGAGUAUUUGUUUUUGGGCAUGCUUUGUCACAGGUAUCUGAUGAGCAUCAAUGGAGAGGACUCUGACCCUGUGAGUGCUUUGGAGUUGGCGGUUGAUAUGCACCUGACUAUUGUGAUAGGCUCUUCAGGCUAUCAGAGAUGUGUGAAAUGGCUCUGGAGAGGUUGGAUCAUGCAAUCUUCAAGCGAUCCACAUUCAUAUGUGCUUUACAAAGGUGUUGCCUCGCAGUCGAUCAGAACUCACUUUGAUCCCGACAGAAUCAAGACCCCAGCUUACCAGAAUAUAGUUGAGAUUGGUUUCAGUAUCCUUUAUUUGAUCCUCUUCACUAUAAUUUUGAACGCUCAUCAGACAACAACAACAGAUAUCGAUGUCGUGGAGGGCUUGUUUUAUGCAUUCACUCUUGGUUCAAUAAUUGACGAGAUAACAAAGCUUUAUCAUGUGGGAUGGAAUUACCUUGGUUUCUGGAACGCAUUUAAUGACGUAAUGUACACAAUUAUUGUCAUUGCUAUUGGUUUUCGAUUCAGUUCCUUGAGGCACACAGGCUACUAUAGGGAGAAGUAUGACGAAAUCAGCUUUCGUGUGUUAUCGUGCGCAUCUCCAAUGAUGUGGUCACGUCUUUUACUAUACUUGGAUGCCCAGCAGUUCGUCGGUGCCAUGAUCGUUGUGAUCAAGACAAUGAUGAAAGAGUCUAUCUUGUUUUUUGUAUUACUAGGAGUCGUGAUUCUUGGGUUCGUGGAAGGCUUCUUGGGCUUGGACAAUUCCGAUGGUAGAAGCGAAGCCACCAAGCAUAUCUUGACGGCAUUGGUGAAUGCUGUGAUCGGUGCAUCCGGGUUUGAAGAUGUUCAGAACUUGGUGCCUCCAUAUGCCCUGAUUCUCUACUACAUCUACUCAUUCCUUCUUCAAGUCAUCUUGAUGAACAUUCUUAUUGCAUUGUACUCCACCGCUUACGCCAAUAUCGUUGAGAAUGCCACUGAUGAGUACUUUGCCUUGGUUGCACACAAGACUUUACGGUACAUUCGUGCGCCUGACACCGACUUGUAUGUCCCACCUUUUAAUUUGAUUGAAUGGGUUAUCUUUCCCUUUUCUUGUAUCGUGUCGAAGAGUACAUACAAGCUGAUCAACCGGGUUGUCAUGACUGUGGUGUACUCCCCUAUCCUCCUAUACAUCACCAUUGAUGAGCUUGGAAAUGCAAGAAGAGUCCAGUAUAAUCGCUAUAAGGGACUCCCUGACGACGCCAAUGAGAUCGACACUGAAUGGGAUCUCACGGACGGCUACGACGUUGAUUUGUUGAUAAGUGACAACGGAAUUGAAUCGAGGGAUGGCGAGAUCAAUGAUGCUGUCAGGCAACAACGUCUUGCCGAAAGGAAAGAUCCAGAGUUUGCCGCAGACUUCCCAAAAUUAAUGAAGGACAUUGACAGUGUAGUACCACCUGUGGAUGCUGCGAACGACAAAGGUAUUAAAUGGGAACACUACCCACUCUACGAGAAACUCGAGACUUUGACUAAAUUGGUUGAGAAGCUAGCUGAAGAAAACCACAGUCUCAAGCAAAAAAGCGCUGAGCAAUCCGAUACUUAG